AUGGCAUCGGCAAAUACUCUCAACAGUGAUGACGGCGGUGCCAGUGCCGUCGACAUCGCCAGCAGCGUCGGCACUUGGUUGGCCGCCGGCCUUGCCAUCAUCGCGCUCGUCGGUAUAGUCGGGCCCUUCUUCGCCCUCCAGGCCUCCCUCAGCGACAGCAACCGCGCGAUGAACGCCGUCCAAGACCAGCCGCAGAAAUACAUCACCCGCGGCUACCGGCUGACCAAGGGACUACGCAUCUUUCGCCGGAUCCGCGUGCCCAACCUAUCGCGCGGCUACAUCUCCAAUGAACCUGACGACACUCCCCUGAUGCCCCUUUCGGCCGCGUUGGGUCACUUUGAAUUCACACCAGGCGACUACUUGCCCUGGAAUACCGGCUGGGCCAAGCUUGCGGAGAUGAUUGGGGCGUAUAGCGCCCAUGAUUCGGUCAGUGACAAGCCGAUUCCGCUGGGCGUUCCACAGCAAGGCGGCACUCUCGAGGUUGUGAACGGUCGAACGACUUUGGUCGUUAAUAAACACUGGAUCCUGCUCCUUGGCCUCCUCGGGCGCUAUGGAAAACGCAGCGACGGCGGGGUGCUGCAAAAUCGAGGCGUGCGGAGGGAUUUUGGAGGCGAACGCGGAUCCAUCCAACACUUUGGACUUUUGCGCAAAGAGGCCAUAAGAAAGGUUGGGCCUUUACGGCAGAGAAUAGCCUCAUACGAGAGGACAACGAUGGUUCGCAGAAUAAGACAGGAGUCGAUCUCCUCCUCCGACAACAGCGAGACGGACUUCGACUCCGAUGAAGAGUGUAUGUCGUUGCGCCGCACGGCAUAUGGGGAGUGGAUACUGGACAAGAGGGCCCAGCCAAUUCUCCACGGAGUGACAGGGACCAUCAAAGGACUUGGGCGUCAUAAAGGAUCAUGGAGCUACCUGACGUCCAUCUCGUUCGUGCCGCACACAGCCAGGGAGAUCUUCCCUCGUUCCAUACAAACGAAGCGUGAGUCUUCAUCGAUGCAGACGUUGUUUUGGCUUGCUCAUGGCUUUCUCCCAUCUGGUCGCACGCCUGAGGGUAGGCAGAUUGUGAUAUCUAUGGAAGGCUCUGUGCCUGGUAUGGAUUCUAGGGACGUCAUUGUCCCCUCUGGCGAAGCUCCAGAUUCGUGGACGCCCUUCACUCUCACUGAAUCAGAUGACAUCCCCAUCUCUCUAGGACAUGCAAUGAAACAUCUCGGUAUACCCGAACCGAUGGUAUUGCAAUUCCUUCCAGUCGAUGGGGCGAAAGGCAAUGAUCAACCGUAUGUUCACCUUCAUCCGGUUCUUCGGAAGCCCAUGGCCCCCGUAAAACCCGGCACGCCAUCGACGACAGACACAGAUGCAGAAUGGCAGGCGGAUGCUGUGGCGCAAAUGGGUCCGGCAUUCGGUGUCCAUGAUAAAUGGCUCUUUUACAUGAACGAAAUCGACGGAGUCUCUUGGACGUUUCUUCGGGCAGAGCUAGAACGGCCUUUAUCCAUUAUUCUCAGCUUGGAUUGGGAUGAAUGGGGGUUCAUGUUGUGGAAGGAUAGAUUCUGGAUAUCACUUCUUCAAGGCUCUACAGCCAUUUUGCGAGGAGAAUGGAUCGGGCAUACCGUUUUUGCCGAGUCUCUCCAGCUAAAUUAUCCCGUCAACGCAUUUCGGUGGAAGGUGCAAAGUCGAUUCCAACAGCAGAAACUCAGAGACUAUCUUCACUUUGAUACGGCCAUUUCCUCGCUGAUCAAAUCGUCAGCAGUUAUGCCUCUUCGCCUAUCAAUUGCCAUACUUUUCAUCAUGGACCCUUCGUUCCGGGAUAGGGUUGAAGCAGUGUGUGAACGACUCGGUAACCCCGAAAUAUACGAAAAGGUCCAAAGGGAGAGUUGGCCAGAUGAAAUAGCGAAAGAGGAAACAAUAAUGAGGGAAAUAGAGGAGGACUAUGAGAGAGACAAGGCGAGGCACGAAGAUGACGAGGAACAGCUGUCCGCCAAGUCAGACACCGGCCCACCCACCUAUACAUCACUUCGUAACAUGUGGGUUGAUAUUUUAACGUUGGAUAAGUUUGGCAUGGAUUACUUAACUAAUACGCCCGACGGACAUCAUAUUCUUGUAAAACGACCGCUGCAAGAGUGGGAACAAGACUACGUUUUUAAACAUACUUCCCAGGCGAGGAAGGUCGCGGAGAUGAAGACACUUGAGGAACAGGGUACGGUGACAGCGCUGGAGUACGAACAUAAAACGAACCAAAUAGUAUGGUAUCGGGACCAGAAGUCGAAAGAGCAGUCGGAAACCUGGAAGCUUGGCACCCGAGCCCAUGGAAGGCCAUCAAGCAAUGAGGUACUUCCACUAACAGAGAAGGAGAUUGUUCUUGUGGGAUUGUGGGCAGCGAAUCGAGCUGCGCUCUGGCUCAGCGCUCAGGAUUCAAGGCCUCUCCUAUCUUUCGUAGAGGACUUGGACCCUUUUGUAUACGUCCUUUAG